AUUAACCAGGUCCAGAAGCUCGUGGACGUUUCUUGCACUUUGGAGCAGUUUCCAGCGGACGAGCAGCAGGUGUGACUGAGGACCAGGACCAGGACCAGGACCAGGACCAGGACCAGGACCAGGACCACCACGAUGCUGCAGCGCCGCCCCCUGAGGCCGCUCCAGCUGCUCGCUCUGGUGCUGUGGGCGUCGGCCCAGGAGGACUUCGACUGGACGAAGAGCGAGAGGACGUCGUUCUACUACGGAACCUUCCCGACCGGGUUCUCCUGGGGAGCCGGCAGCUCCGCGUACCAGACGGAGGGAGCCUGGAACGUGGACGGCAAAGGGAUGAGCAUCUGGGACGCCUUCGCCCACAAGAAGGGGAAGAUCUACUCCAACGACACGGGGGACUCCUCGUGCGACGGCUACCACAAGUUCAAGGACGACGUCACCUUGAUGAAGGACAUGAAGCUGAACCACUACCGAUUCUCCAUUUCCUGGCCGAGGAUCUUACCGAGCGGACUGAAAAGUGAACAAAUCAACGAGAAAGGAAUCCAAUAUUACGACGACCUGAUCAACAUGCUGCUGGACAACAAGGUCACGCCCAUCGUGACCUUGUACCACUGGGAUCUACCGCAGGUGUUGCAGGAGAAGCACGGCGGCUGGCAGAACGCCAGCACGGCGAACCACUUCAACGACUUCGCCGACUUGUGCUUCGAGCGCUUCGGAAGCAAAGUGAAGAACUGGAUCACCUUCAACAACCCGUGGUCCGUCGCUGUGGAGGGAUACGAAACGGGGGAACACGCACCGGGGCUGAAGCUGAAGGGGACCGGAGCCUACAGAGCGGCCCACAACAUCAUCAAGGCCCACGCUCAGGUCUGGCACUCCUACGACACCAAGUGGAGAAGCAGACAGAAAGGCCUGGUUGGGAUCUCGCUCACGGCCGACUGGGGGGAACCCGUGGACGUCACCAACCAGAAGGACGUGGAGGCAGCGGAGCGCUUCAUCCAGUUCUCCUUGGGCUGGUUUGCCUCGCCCCUCUUCCACGGAGACUACCCCCAAGUGAUGAAGGACUACAUCGGCAGGAAGAGCGGCCAGCAGGGCCUGGGCGCCUCGCGGCUGCCGGUCUUCUCUCCCCAGGAGAGGAGCUCCAUCAAGGGGAGCUGUGACUUCCUGGGCCUCGGGCACUUCACCACCCGCUACGUGACCCUGAAGAACUUCCCGUCCGGCCUCGGCGAAAGCUACUUCUCCGACCGCGACCUCGCCGAGCUGGUCGACCCCCGGUGGCCCGACCCCGGCUCCGAGUGGCUCUACUCGGUUCCCUGGGGCUUCCGGCGCCUGUUGAACUACGUCAAGACUCAGUAUGGAAACCCCAUGGUCUACGUGACGGAGAACGGCGUGUCUGAGAAGAUGCUCUGCACCGACCUGUGUGACGACUGGAGGAUGAAGUACUUCAAGGACUACAUCAACGAGAUGCUCAAAGCCGUGAAGGACGGGGUGAACGUGAAGGGCUACACGGCCUGGUCUCUCCUCGACAACUUCCAGUGGGACGAAGGGUUCUCCGAGCGCUUCGGCCUCUACUACGUGGACUUCAGGAGCAAGAACAAGUCGCGGUACCCGAAGGCCUCGGUCCAGUUCUACAAGCGCAUCAUCAGCUCCAAUGGGUUCCCCAAUCAGAGAGAGGUGGAGAGCUGGAAGAGAAAAGCCGUGGAGACCUGCUCCUCCAGCAACCAGCUCCUGGCUGCAGAUCCGUUGAUCGGCCACAUGGAGAUGGUGACGGAGAUCGUGGUUCCCACCGUGAGCACGCUCUGCAUCCUCCUCAGCGCAGUGUUCCUCAUGUUCCUGCUGCGUAGACGCGUCUGAAGACACACACACACACACACACACAGACACACAGACACACACACACACAGACACACACAGACACACA